UUUCAAAAUCUUAUCGUACAUUCUGACAAUUGGAAACAGCUAUUGCAGUUAUCGAGGAACGAGGCAUUUCGAGGCGUUGCGGUUAUAAUGGGAAAAUUGAAUUUAUCCGUUAAAAUAUAGCCUGGCUGGUCGAUGAAAAUGACGACGAUUAAAAAAAGAAAAAAAAAGAGAAGAAAAGAAAGCAGCCAGACAGGGAAGGAGGAGGCGGCGGCAGCACCGCGUAAAUCCCGAAUCGGACAAUUUAUAACGCUCCUCCUCUUUGUCCCAAACUUCCCCUGGUAUCAGUACUACGAACUUUCGUCGCAGCGAUAUACAUAUCUACACCAUGUACCAAGGGACAGUCACGCGAGAUGUAGGAAGCAUCGUGGCCGAAGGCAAAAACGAGAAAAAAGAAAUGGCAGCGGAUACGGGGACACAGGUUAUCGAUUCAACAAACCAAGGAAACCAGCGCGUGAAUCCGCCACUAGUGUCGUCCAGUCGGCGAGAAAUCGAGCCUCGUGUGGACCAGUUUGGGACAAGUCAGACCCUGAUCUCGAGAUAUGUCCGACGCCGAGGGAACUGAGCGAAGACAGCGAUACAGAAGGAGGGCUGGGAAACGUGAACAAGAUGAUCAUCCGUCCACCAGGUCACAGUGGGAAAGCAAAGAAAGGUCACAUCUGCUUCGAUGCCUCGUUCGAAACUGGCAACCUGGGCAGAGUGGAUCUUAUCUCCGAAUUCGAGUAUGAUCUGUUCAUCCGACCUGACACGUGCAAUCCACGGCUCCGUCUGUGGUUCAACUUCACCGUGGAUAACGUGAAGGCGGAUCAACGAGUGGUGUUCAACAUAGUCAACAUAUCCAAAAGCGCGAAUCUAUUUCGGAAUGGACUGACGCCGUUGGUAAAGAGCAGCAGCAGGCCAAAGUGGCAAAGGAUUCCAAGAGAGCAAGUGUUUUACUACAAAUCGGCGCAGCACCAAAAUCAUUACAUCCUCAGCUUCGCGUUUUCCUUCGACCGUGAAGAAGACGUUUACCAGUUUGCCUUGACGUAUCCUUACUCGUACAGCCGCUACCUGGCACAUCUGGACAACCUUUGUACCAGAUUAACGUGCACCAAGAGAGAAACCUUAGCCACGUCGAUACAAAAGAGGAACAUCGAAUUGGUCACUAUAACUUCGAAUCUGGAAGACGUUCAAGAUCGCGCGAGAAGGGUGGUCGUCGUUCUUGCUAGGAUACACCCAGGCGAGUCACCCUCUUCCUUCGUUUGCCAAGGGCUAAUGGACUUUCUGGUCAGUUCCCAUCCCAUCGCCCAAGUGUUGAGGAGUUACGUCGUUUUCAAGAUAGUGCCGAUGCUAAACCCUGACGGCGUUUUUCUUGGCAAUUACAGAUCCACACUGAUGGGAGCAGAUUUGAAUCGUUCGUGGAACAAGAUCUCCGAAUGGCUUCAUCCUGCUCUGGUAGCGAUAAAACCGAUGCUGAAGAACCUCGACAAGAGUUCCCAUACGCCGUUAGACUGUGUACUUGAUUUGCAUGCUCACACCAAUGCUACAGGAUUCUUCGUUUAUGGGAACACGUACGACGACGUGUACAGGUACGAGAGACACAUCGUGUUACCAAAGUUGUUGGCGCAACACGCCGAAGACUAUGAAAUAGGGAACACGAUGUACAAUCAGGAUCCUCACAAGGCUGGUACCGCGCGUCGUUAUCUGUGCUCCAUUCUCAAGGAACAAGUGAACUGCUACAGCAUCGAAGUGUCGAUGUACGGAUAUAAUAGGAAAUCAAUGCCUGGAGUAUUCCCGUACACCGAGGAAGGAUAUUACAGAUUAGGCCGCAAUCUGGCCCGUGUCUUCCUAGAAUAUUACAAAUUAAUGGGCAUUAUCCCCGCUGGUCUUCCUGAUCAACCAUCCACCAAACGAACGCGACAGUCGCGACCGAGAGACCGAGUUCUUCGAGAACCUAGACCGAAGACCUCCCGGAAACCCGCCCCUAUACAUCUGGCCAGUAUUCACGAGUACUUUCAAGAGGAGACAGAGAUGGCCGCGAACGGUAGUUACCGAUCGAUGAGCGGCACGCGAAUGAGCCAGCUUGGGACCGGAACUGGAAGUGGAACGGGCGUCGGCGGGUGCAGGAACCGGAGCUACAGGUUCCGGAGCCCCGGGGCACCGCUCGACAGGGUGCAGGCCCUGUCCAGACAUCCCGCCGAGCCGAGGCUCACCAUUAUCGAUUUCAAUCAGCUGACAAGGGGCGGUUUGGAACUGGCUACCAGCAAGAACAGGGCAAAGGUCGCUCGAAAAGCCACGAAGUCGAACAGA